AUGAUGCGUCGAAAAUUACUGAUUCGACUUGUCGCAUUUUACGGAGACAUGGUAGUUGGACGUCCCUUAAUCUGGCCGGAGCAGUAUGGUGGUGGUGGUGGUGUUGGUGGUGGUGGUGGUGGUGGUGGUGGUGGU